UCGAUUAGAUCAGUUUAAAAAAUUCUAUUAAAUUUCAUGUUCAAGUAACUUUAUCCUUAGCCUCAUCAUGAAUAAUUUUCUAACCAUCGUUGUUCUCGUUCUCUUAAUAGAAAUCGCUUCAAUGUUCGGUUCUGAUGGAAAUCAAGUUCCUGAUGCUGCUACUGCUGGAAUACCAACAGGUCAUAACUUGAAUGAAAAUCCACUGAUCCCUAUUAAUGGUCAAGAAAGUGGAGGUCAACCCAAUAAUGGAGAUCAACCUGGUAAUUUAGGUCCAAUCUGGAAUGGAAGUCAACCCAAUAGUGGAAGUCAACCCGUUAAUUUAGGUCCAUUAUUGAAUGGAAGUCAACCCAAUAGUGGAAGUCAACCCGUUAAUUUAGGUCCAUUAUUGAAUGGAAGUCAACCCAAUAGUGGAAGUCAACCCGGUGAUGGAAGUCUGCUCAAUUCUUGAGGUCUAGGUGUUUCCUUGUCUGCCUCCGAUUAGGAGAUUCGGCUUGAGUUGAUCCCGAUUUAAGAUUUAAAAAAUCAGCCUAAAAUCUAGGAUAUUAAUAUCGACAA